CCAAAAUUUCUCUCCAUCUCGGCAUUAGCAUUAGUAUUCUCUUUAACACCGUCAGUCCAGCUCCAGCACCGCACCGCAAUAUAUUGUCACCACUAUAACAGAUCAACGGCCUGAUCAUAUGCAAAACUUUGAGGUUUGAACAGUUUCCCUUUGGCAAACGCCCAUUUUUCUUCAACCUUUAGUGAUUUUGAGGACAAAAUUUUGAGAUUUAGGCAUACACAGAAUACCAUUUUAAGCUUAUGGAUCAUCAUUCAGAUCAACCGCUUCCUCCUGGAGUCCAGCCUGUUUCAAUUUCUUCUGAACUCCUUCCUGCAACUAAACCUUCUACUCCAAAUUUUCAGAAUUCCAAUAAUUUUGAAUACCCUGCUCAGUCUUCUGAGGGCAGUCUCUUUCCUGUCCUCCCUUCUAAUGGAAUUAGGUUUACUCCCGCAGAAAGCUUCCAACCACAUUCCACAAGUUCAUCUCAAAUUCAUUGUACAAAUACUCAGCAUGUGGUAGAUCAAAUGCCAAAUAGCUUUCAAUCUGUUCAGAUGCUUAAAGAAGAUACUUCUGGAGUGUCUACUGAGGUCACAUGUCAUAUAAUGCCUUCUGGCUUGGAAUCUAGUGGUUCUACCCCGCAACUAGAAAUCACCAAUGACAUUGAGAAUGCUGCUCGGAGUGCUGUUCUGCACGAACAGGAAAUUGCCACCCAGAAAGUUAUACAAAAUCAGAGAGAAGCAAGAUCAGCAUGUGAGCCUCAUGAGGAUAGUAAAGACCUUUUUUCUGGCCGUCAUGACCCAAAUACUUUAAAGGAGCAUUUACUGAAAAUGACUGCAGAGCAUCGUACUCAGAUGGCAUUGAAGCGUGGAAGGUCUGUGUUGCCUGAGGAAGGUAAUAUAGAAAUUGGAAAUGGGUAUGGUGUUCCUGGUGGCAGUGCUUAUUAUGGUGCUCUGAAGCCAAGUGCCACUACCGCCAAUUUUCAAGGAGAUGCUGUCCCUGGCCAUGCAACAAAUGAAUCCAAUGCAGAGCUUAGUGGGGAUUCUGGACACAAGUCUACAGCUAAAGAGUUGCCUGAAUUUCUCAAAAAGAAGUUGAGAGCUAGGGGUAUUCUGAAGGAUGGUCCAACAAUGGAUCGUUCCAUUCCGGCCAAUAGAUCAGAGAUGUUGCCAUCUCAGAGGAUGCCACUUGCAGAAUUGCCUCCAGGAUGGAUUGAGGCCCAUGACCCUGCAAGUGGUGCUACAUAUUACUAUGAUGAAAGUACAGGAAAAAGUCAGUGGGAGAGACCUACUGUGGCUGCUUCUGCCUUGGACUCAACAUUGCCUUCACAGCUUCCUGAAAAUUGGAAAGAGUUUAUUGAUGAAACAACAGGUCAAAAGUAUUACUAUAACACGUUGACCAAUGUAUCUCAAUGGGAGAACCCGUGUACAAAGCAGGUUUCCUUACAGCAGCAUGAUGCAAAUACAACUAGGAAUUGGGGAGAACAGUCAUCUACACUACCAAAAUGUAUGGGAUGUGGUGGAUGGGGGGUGGCCCUUUUGCAAUCAUGGGGAUAUUGCAGACAUUGCACUAGAGUUUUAAACCUUCCUCAAAGUCAAUAUAUAUUGGAAGAUGUGGAAAGCAAACAUCAUACAACCAAUACUUUUGGUUCUGAAGAAGAUUCUGAUAAGAAAUUUCAGAAACAGAGGUCCAAUUUCAAACCACCCAUGGGAAAAGGUAAUAGACGAGACAACCGGAAGCGUACAUACUCUGAGGAUGAUGAGCUGGAUCCCAUGGAUCCAAGUGCUUAUUCAGAUGCACCUAGGGGUGGUUGGGUUGUGGGACUCAAAGGAGUGCAACCACGUGCAGCCGACACAACUGCCACGGGUCCUCUGUUUCAACAGCGUCCAUAUCCAUCACCCGGAGCAGUCUUGCGAAAAAAUGCUGAAAUUGCUUCACAAAAGAAAAAACCUAAAACCCAUCUAAUGGCUAUAUCCAAGAGAGGUGAUGGCAGUGAUGGUCUAGGAGAGGCGGAUUGAGCCUCUUAAUAUUCACACGCAUAUUUCUUGUAAAAAUGAAGUGACAAUUAUCUGAAGUAUUAGUACAAGUUAUAACAUACUCUUUUUUAAAAAGUAACAUGAGAUUUAGAAAAUUCUAAAUAAUCAUUAGUUAGUGAAUGAAAAAUGAACUGGAAAAAAAAAAUUCAAAUGUCAACCAAGUUAUAACAUUAGUUUGUCAAAA